CUCAAUCUCUGAUCCCUUCUUCUUCAACCUGAGGAAAACAGUGUUUUCUCUUGAAGAAUCUGUGCUACUGGAUCAAGAGCAAGGGGACGAGUUUUUGGUGGAUUCUUUUUUUUUUCAUUGAUUAGGUAGGAGCUGAUAUUUCUAAGCUUAUCUGUUGACGGAUUUUCUGUUUGUUUCUGUGAAAAAAUUUUGGUGAUUCAAAAGAGCUGAGUGAGUGCUUGAAUUUUCUUGUAAUCGAGUUUAAGGACUUACUAACUCUGUGAGUUUUAAGCGAUUUACCGGAGUUGGACGGCCGGGGAGUUCUUUUUGGUGCUUGGAGAUGAGGAGAGUUUGAGAGGGGGAAGGAUAGUUUGUACGUGAAGAGGAGGGGCAACCGUGCGUAGUGGUGGCGGUGAUCUCGUGAGGCCCGUGGGAAAAAAAUGCCGCAUCGAACGACUUACUUCUUCCCGAGGCAAUUUCCGGAUCGCCGAUUCGACGAAUCUACUAAGCAAUUAUUGAAUCACGAGACGAUCGCUAAAGAAACCGUUCAAAGGACGACCGCCGAAAAUGACAGCAAGUCGUCGUCAAGGACAUCAACAACAAAGGACUUGGUGCCAGCCAAACAGGCCUACCUAUCAGAACUUUUCACGGACGAAAAGCUCCACGCCAAAAAGCAACAACUCGCAGCAUUACGCAAUUGGCUGACCGAGAAAAACGGAGACAGAUCGUCAGCUCACGUGAAAUCAUCACGGCGCUCCCCUAGUGACGAGGAUCACGAGUUGUUACCUCCUCCUGAAUCGGCGCCUCCUCGGCCGCCGGAGACUAAGGUUAUCAAGGACCGGAGCGUUGAUCAGAAUUUAGAACGGCUGGUCUCGCUGCCGAGGCUGUCUAGUGGAAGUAGUUAUGCAGGUAGUUUGUUAUCGGGAACGACCUUGGAUGGAAAUUCAUCGAGCGAUGUCAAAGAUGCUUGGGCGAGGGAAUCUUGCACGCGCAUGCCGAUGUCGACGGAGGUGGAGGCGGAGGAUUCAAAUAAGGCGGGCUCAGUGCAGAGGUCGAAGGAGGGUUUCUACUUGCAGCUUACGUUGGCGAGGAGGCUUACUUCCCAAGCAACCCUUGUUACUGAGCCAUUCCUGUUGCAAGAGUGUGGUCCUUAUGUUGCUGACCCCGAAACCGUUUCUCAUCGUCUUUGGGUGAGUGGUUGCCUGUCUUACAGUGACAAGAUAACCGAUGGAUUCUAUAACAUUCUCGGGAUGAAUCCAUAUCUAUGGGUUAUGUGCAAUGAUUUAGAGGAAGGAAGACGGCUACCACCUUUGAUGUCACUCAAAGAAAUUGAACCCAGCGAGACAUCUAUGGAGGUGGUUCUUGUUGAUGGACAAGGGGAUUCUCGUCUCAAGGAGCUGGAAAAUAAGGCACAAGAACUGUAUUGUGCUUCUGAAAAUACUUUGGUAUUGGUGGAGAAACUUGGAAAGCUAGUCGCUAUAUGCAUGGGGUAAGUUGGGACAUUUAUCUUUAUUUUCAUAACUUAAAGUAUAUUUCUUUUUUUUUCAUAACUUGUAUAUUUCUCUGUCUCUCUCAAUUUACAUUGGAAUAUUGGAUUGCGUUGUUUAUGUGUAGCGGAACUUUCCCAGUUGAGCAAGGUGAUCUCCAAAGGCGCUGGAAAUUUGUUAGCAAAAGAUUAAAGGAUUGUCGGAAGUGUAUAGUACUUCCCAUUGGCAGUCUAUCUAUGGGACUUUGCAGACAUCGUGCUAUUCUAUUUAAGGUACGUGAUAAAACAUCAGUUCAUUUCUUUAUAUACUUGUGAACAAAAUUUCUUUAUAAAGAUAAGAACAUUUG